UGAUGAUAGAUGAUGGUUGGGAUGUGCGACAAAAGAGAGAGGUGAUGGAAAGAUGGCGGCGGUCGCUGAGAUCAGUGAUGGGGGUGAGGUUGGCGGCGUCUAUCAGCACCACGCACAGCAAGCGAUAUGUGCCUCGCGUGCCAGGUAUCGCGAGGGGCGCAGGCCACGCGCGGUGAAGGUAUACACAGUCAACUUAGAAUCUCGAUAUUUGUUAGUACAAGGAGUUCCUGCCUUGGGGGUUAUGAAGGAAUUAGUUGAGCAAUUUGCAUUAUAUGGCACCAUUGAAGAAUAUAAUCCAUUAGAUGACUAUCCAGCAGAAGAAUUUACAGAAGUUUACCUGAUCAAGUUUCAAAAAAUACAGAGUGCAAGGAUAGCCAAAAGAAAACUGGAUGAACGGAGUUUCUUUGGCAGUUUGCUGCAUGUGUGCUAUGCUCCAGAAUUUGAGAGUGUACAAGAGACGAGAGAGAAAUUACAAAACAGAAGAAAGUAUAUAGCAAAAAUAACAAGUAACAAAGAGCAAUUGCUGGUGAAGAAGCAGGAUUCUAAUACAAGAUUUCAAAAGAACAUUCAGCUAGACACUUCUGGAUCAUAUACAACUGAGGCAGCCACUAGUAACUGGAAUCUACCCACAUGUGUUCAUGACCCUCGCCAAUCAUCCUGUUGUGAACUAUCAUUGAGAAGUACAUCAUCCCCCUCAGGAGAGCACAGUCAGAGUAUGUUAGCAGCACCUCAGUCUAUUAGUCACUGUACUAAAACAUAUGACUAUUUUAAUCAGAGGACAAUAAUAACUCAGAGUCUGCAGCAAGGAGUACAUAACACAUCAGCCUGCCAAAGAAAGCUUCCUUGUGAUAAUGGACUUGGAAGAUUCAUGCCCCGAACAACUCAGUUGCAGGAACGAAAGAGACGACGAGAUGAAGACAACAAACUUUCCCUUUUUGGAAGAGACAUUAAUAGUGAAGAAAUUAUUAUUGGUCCAAAGUUACCAGAAAUACCUAAAGUAGACAUGGAUGAUGACUCACUGAACACCUCAGCAAACUUCAUUCGUAAUAGACUAAAGGAGGUUGUGGUUCCUGUUCAGACUCCAGACCUAUCUGGAGGGAGUCCAGUGAAUAGUCAAACAAAACCAGUAGUGAAGCAGAGAAGACGAAUAUAAAUAUUCCAGAUAGCAUAUUCUAUGUAUUAAACAGAUAUGGCUCUGACUGCUUACACAACAACAUUGUAUGGGUUGAUCUGACAGUAAUAAAACAUUUUUGUACAUUCUAUUUAAUA